UUGUCUUCCGACCACCAUCACAAGACACAAUGGCAGCCGCACUCUCGCUGCAGCUGCGCGCCGCGCAGAAGGCCGACCUGCCGCGCCUGGCGCACAUCUUCAGCGCCAACUUCACGCCCAUCAUGGCGCCCAUCCUCCCCUCGGGCCCCACCAAGGCCGACGAGGCGCUGCGGCACGCCCAGCUGGCACGCCGCCUAGCCGAGCGCGACGCCGACCCGCGCAACGCCUUCCUCGACGUGGCCACGCGCGCCGACGACGGCGAGGUGCUUGCGUGCACGCAGUGGCGCAUCGUCGACGCCGGCGGCUACGACGCGCCCGAGCCGCACUACGCCGAGCCGCUGCCGUGGCCGGCGGACGCCAAGCCCGAGCUGCACGACGCCUUCUUCCACAGCCUCGAGAUGAACGCAAAGAAGUACAUGGACGACCGCAAGCACGUCCACCUCGACAUUCUCUGCGUCGACACCGAGACGGCACGCAGCGGCGCCGGCACGUUCCUCUUCAAGCAUGUGCUGGCACAGGCACGCGCGCAGAAGCUGCCCAUCUACCUCGACGCCGCGCCGACGGGCUCGGCGCUGCCCUUCUGGACGCGCCACGGCUUCCGGCAGCUCGGCGUCAUCCAGACCGACGGCAUGGACGACGUCAUUGCCAUGGUGCGCGAGGACGACUCGGCGCAGGCAGACGCAUGAGUAGCGCGAGCAUCUCAUUGGACGACUGUGUUGCCCUGCAUACCAAUAAUAUCAACACAGCGUCGCACAUCCGCCCGUGUGCUCUCGUCGACCCAGGCGGCCUCCGCACGGCGGCCGAAGUCCUCAACGCAGCUGCGAACGCGGGCGUGCGUGAAGGCGUCUGGGGGCCGCAAGCGAGCCUGGCAGAAGCGUGAGCAGGCAUCAAGGAGGAUCCCUCGAGGACGCACCUCACAGGGCGCGUGCUCGAGCGCUCGCCGCACGAUGCGCCAGAAGCCCGCCCACGCCCAGCCCUGAUCGGCCGCGACGAGCUGCAGCACGAUGGACCACCACUCGCGCUGCCAGCUCGCCUCGUCGGCGCUCGUUGCGCGCAGCUGCUCCUCGACGUCGCUCAGCGCCGCCGCGCUUGCGUCGACGGCCUGCGCCAGAGAGGCGUAGAGGGACGGCAGAUUGUGCGCGUUCAUCCAGUUGUGGUUG